AUGCCACUGGACCCCGCCGUCGCCGGGCCUUCCCCGCCGGAUCUCACCUCCUCGCCUUUUUCCCCGUCGGAUCGCUCGAGCCCGGAGCCGCUCGACCCCCCUGCGAACCAUCUCCGGACACCGCCCCCGCGGUCCUCUCCGUCACCGUCGCCGAUGCCACCUCGCCGGACUGCUUCUCCUGCGUCGCCGUCGUCCCCGACCCCCUCCACGAGCCCCGCUGCCCCGUCCCUACAAAUCUCGGUGAGGCCACGGCCCCGUCCUCCUCCUUCCCUGCCUCAGAUCGAGGCCGACCGCACGCACGCGCACCCCCGCGUCGGCCAUGCCGUCGCCCCCCCUUUCUGCUCUUGGCCAUGCCCCGCCGUGAGCACCGCUACCUCCCCUCCUCUUUUCCCGCAGGUCACCGCGCACGUCGUCCUCCCCGUAGCUGUGCUCGCCGCCCCUCGUGCGCGCCCACGGCCGCGCGCACGCUCGCGUAUGCCUUGCCGUGGCUACCCCCGCACCGCGGCCUUGUUCGGUCGCCCCCCUGUGCCCGCGACGACGCCCCGCCACGCCGCUGCUCCGGCCCCGGCCACGCGCCCGCUCCGGCCCCGGCCACGCGCCCGCUCCGGCCCCGUUCCGGCCUCGCCGUGCCCUGACUUCGCCCAGUGGCCGCGUGCGCGCGGCAAAGCCGUAGCUGGCCGGCCACAGCCGCCGCCCCACCCUGGGUCACUGACCACAGGGGCCCCCGCCCUGGCCAGAUAG